CUCUGCCCGACGCACGAGUAAAUGCCCAAGCCUCAAAGUAUCUCUCACCCACCGUACAGCCAUGUCAACAUCACAAGAGAGCACGGGAUACGAUGCUUGGUCCCUGCAAGACAGCUGGGCUUAUGUUUUCACUCUCACACCAUACACAACGUUUUGGAUGAUCGAUUUCCUUCUGAAGAAGGCGAACCUUACGUAUGAAGACUACGUUGAGAAUCCCCAGGCUCUACGGGAAUCUCGUAUACACCACUUGAUUGACGCGGAAAUCGACUUCGAGGAAUUAUUGCGGCAGCCAGGUCGAUGCACUUCAUUCGCGAUCCAGGUAGCCCGUGACAUCAAGGCGGAGGCAGGCCAUAAGGAACAGCAUGACUUUCAAUUUUAUAAUCUUGGUCGUCACCGUAUAGCACGAUGCACAAAAACCGGAUUGCUCAUCGAUUCGGCUUCACCAAGUGGUAUCAGUGUCUUGCGCGAGGAUAUGUUAGUCCAGGAAAUCCAGGCGCGAGCGGCGAGAUGGAGCUCUCGUCUCUCGUCCGGGCAACAACAACUCGACCCAUGGGUCCCGGGACCAUCCCAAGAACCCCUGAGUCAGACUCAGUGUAUGCGCAUCUGCUUGCAUGAGAUUAUAUCGGAGGACAAAAACCCGUUCUGCUUAUUUCGACAGCUAUCCAUUGCUGCUGUCACAGAGCACUUUGGACUCGUGAGCUGGGAGCUUGAGGAACGGAAGCUAGAACUAUUGAACACCCGAGGCAAGCGUGGAACUGCUGGCCAAGCGUUAUACAACUUGAGGCACACAGAGGAGUUUGUUUGGGAUGAGUACGGCGAUGCCGAAUCUGAGGCCGCAUGUCGUCAAAUCCUCAACCGCUUCAUCGAGGGUGCCACAGUAAGUGGCAGUUUCGGAAAAUAUCAGUGGGAGACCUGCAAGGCCUUCCACGAGUCAAUUUGGUCUGCUGCAAAUAAAGUCUGGGGGACUCGGCCUCGUCAUCGCACGAAUUGGCUCGACGACGACAACCUCAACGCGUUUGAGCUGGAGCUAGACCACCAAGAAAUGAUUAUGAAGGAUAUACGCGAAUUCGAGGAGGAGCAGGAGGAGCGGCAAAGGAAGAACAAUUUGUCCAUCUUAAGAGCAUUGGAGCGUAAGCAGGAGGAAGAGGAGAAGCAAAUGGAGUACAAUUCGUCGAUCUUAAGAUCAUUGGAGACUGAUGAGGAGGCGAUGUCGAUGGAGGAAAAUCUGACUCGCUUAAGAGCCUUGCAGCGUGAGGAGGAGGAGAGACAAUGGGAGUACAAUUUUGCAAUGGAGCGUGAGGAUGAAGUUAAAUGA